AUGUUUUAUUUUAGAUUAUUGUUGACAGCUUUGUUAGCAAUCGGUGCGGUAAAUUUCCAUGAACAUAAUAAUGUUCGUGAAGACUUUAGUGCAGAUGAUUCUCCAUCACGGUAUGAAUAUGCGGUCACUGAAGAUUUCUUUCGAAGUUUUGGAUCACCCUUUCAUUUAGUUGUAGCUAUGAAAGCAGCUGAUGAUGGAUCACUUUUAAGACCCGAAUAUUUGGCUAAAGUGAUUGAAAUCGAAGAUUAUUUACAAUCAAAACUCAGCGUUCCAUACAACGGGCGACAGAUUACCUAUUCGGAUUUUUGCGAAUCAAACUGUGAGACAAGUGAUGUUGUCAGCAUUUUCCUGAAUAUAUACAGAGAAGUUCAUGUCAGAAAAAAAGGAAACGUCAAGUUAACAUAUCCAUCAAUGGAUGUAUUUGGUAAUCGAAUAUAUCUUGCCAAUAAUAUUUUUCAAGUGGAACUCAACAACAAAUCUCAUAUAAUCGAAAGUUGUCGAAUGAUUGCGAUUAACUUUCAAGCAAUUCAAAAGAAUGCUUCAAGUGUGGAAAUAAUGAAUCGCUGGGAGCAGGAAGUAUUCAUGUUUUCCGAAAGUACGAAAAAUGAUUCAUUGAUCCGAGUCUAUGCUACAUCUGAAGGUUUAGUCAGUAGUGAAGUUCGUCGGACAGGUUUACGAGCAUUACCUUUCAUUACUAUAUCCUUUAUUGCGGUAUUAUUAUUUACGGUAAUAACAUCACUAAAACGUGAUCCAAUAACCAGUAAACCAUGGGAAGCAGCAUUUGGUGUCUUCUGUCCCAUCCUUUCACUUAUUGGAUCAUUCGGAUUACUAUUUUGGUUUAAAUUUCCAUUCCUACCAAUCGUCUGUGUGGUACCAUUUUUGGUGCUAGCAAUUGGUGUCGAUGAUGUAUUCAUCUUUCUUCACUGUUACCAUCAAACAGAUCCAAAACUUUCGGUUGAAGAACGAAUUGGUAAAAUGCUUGCUGAAGCUGGCCCAUCAAUAACCAUUACUUCCCUUACCAAUUUUCUAUCAUUUGCAAUCAGUAUUUUUACUCCUACUCCAGCUAUACAGAUAUUCAGCACAUACAUUAGUAUCGCGGUAAUAUUUGAUUACACUUAUCAAAUUUUCUUAUAUUCCGCAAUUUUGACGUUUGGUGCUCAUCGUGAAAAAAAACGUUUACAUUCAUUUAUUCCGUGUAUAUCGAUUUCUGAAACUGAUAAGCGAUCCGUUAAAAAUCAAUCAGAUAUUUCGGAUACAUUCGAGAAAUUGAUGAAUGAUUUUGUUGAUUUAUGGGUGGAUAUAGCAAUGAAUAAUAUCACAAGGAUAAUUGUUGCUUGUUUUAUGAUUAUUUAUUGUAUUGUUGCUGUACAUGGAGUAUUGCAAAUUAAAGUUGGAUUAACAUCAGAAAAAUUAUUCUCAUCUGAUUCACCAUUGUUACCAUUUGUAAAGUUACAAACCGAAAUUAUUUUCAAAGAAGGUGGACAGGUUGCAAUAUUUGUCAAUAAUCCAGGUGAUAUGCGGAAACCAGAAAUAAUUCCAGAGAUGAUGCGUCUCGUAAAUGAUUUUGAACAUGCUACAGGAAGUAUCGGUUCCGCUAGUACUCAUUUAUGGUUCAUACCAUAUUUGUCAUACGUAGGAAUACAGGAACAUGGAGAUAUUAAUUUCAAAUAUAAAUAUUUACCGGAAUUUAUGAAAUUACGUGAAUAUCACAGUUGGAAUUCAUUUGUCAAUUUUGGAUUACCUGAAGAUUGUCAGAAUGAGAAACCAGCUUGUUUACAAAAAUUCUUCUUUUCAACGGGUUUUCGAAAUGCUGUGCAAUGGUCGGAACGUUUACAAUUACUACAAGAAUGGCGUAAUAUUGCUGCUCGAUAUUCGAAAUUUAAUGUUUCAGUUCAUGAACCAUUCAGUAUGUAUGCAGAUCAGCUGCUUACAAUAGUUCCGGUCACAAAGUCCACCGUAAUAUUUGCAUUUAUUAUAAUGGCACUUGUACUGACCACUUUUACACCAUCAAUAACAACAAUCGUUUCAUCCACACUUUCAAUUAUAUCAAUCAAUUUGGGAGUGCUUGGUUCACUAACAUAUUGGAACAUCGAUCUCGAUCCUAUUUCAAUGGCCACUAUCCUGAUGGCUAUUGGCUUUUCUGUGGAUUUCAUUGCCCAUAUUACAUUUCAUUAUUACAAGGGUCAAACAAAGGGUAAACGUGAACGCUUGAAGCAUGCACUUAAAUCAAUAGCAUGGCCUAUGACACAAGCUGGUAUAUCGACAAUUUUAUGUUUAUGUGUCCUUGGUGUAAUUCAAGCCUAUAUGGUGAAAGUUUUCGUUAAAGUAGUAAUAAUCGUUGUCAUACUUGGUCUUCUUCAUGGUUUAAUUAUUUUGCCAGUUGUUUUUGGUGCAAUACCAUUGCGGAAACGAAUUAUUGCUGAUGUUGACAAAGUAUCAACAAAUUCAACCCUUCAAAAGAAUCAUACCAUACGAAUAGCUGUACCAGCGGUAACAAUUACACCAAUAACAAUCAGAAAAAAUGAGCUGGAAAAGCAAAUUUCAUCGGGUCCACGUUAUCAUGAUUCGAGGGGUUAA